AUGUCGGCUAACCAUCUCUCCAACGCUGCAGGAACUCAGACUCAGUCUCUCCCACCACCCAAACUGCCCGAGCUCGUCGCAGAACAGGCCGUUCCCAUCCCGGCUGCCGACCAGGACACCAAACGCCUCAUUGUCGUCCUCUCCAACGCCAGCCUCGAGACCUACAAGGCCGCCCACGGCGGUCGCAAUGGCAUCAAGGACGACAAGUACUCGCUGCUCAACAGCGACGAGCACAUCGGCGUCAUGCGCAAGAUGAACCGCGACAUCAGUGACGCUCGUCCCGACAUCACCCAUCAGGUAUGCACACCACUCAAUAAUACCUUUUCGUCAUCUUAACUGCUGACCACACCCCUCGUCAGUGUCUGCUCACUCUCCUCGACUCGCCGCUCAACAAGGCCGGCAAGCUCCAGAUCUACAUCCACACCGCCAAAGGCGUCCUCAUCGAAGUCUCCCCCACCGUCCGUAUUCCACGUACCUUUAAGCGCUUCGCCGGUUUGAUGGUCCAGCUCCUCCACAAGCUCUCCAUCCGCUCCACCACAUCGCAAGAGAAGCUUCUCAAGGUCAUCAAGAACCCCAUCACCGACCACCUCCCACCAAACUGCCGCAAGGUCACCCUCUCCUACGACGCGCCCGUGGUAAGAGUACGGGACUACGUCCAAGAUCUCGGUCCCAAGGAGAGCAUUUGCGUCUUCGUCGGUGCCAUGGCCAAGGGAGCGGAUACCUUUGCCGAUCAGUUCAAGGACGAUGCCAUUUCCAUCAGCAACUACUCCUUGUCCGCCAGUGUCGCCUGCAGCACAUUCUGUCACGCUGCCGAGGAUGUGUGGGACAUCAUCUGA